AUGGCCACUUUUCUGUCCUUCAUAUUAGACAACCUUCUGCACACACAGAAAGCAGGAACAAAUCAUUGCAGGACAACUUUGAUGUUCUUUGCGCAACUAGAGAAUGCUGUCAUUGGAGUAGCCUUCCGCAUGCCCAUCUCCCCCAGGGCCAUGAGCUACAUGAGGUUGCCUGGAAGAGAACUUGGGGGCAAAGUAGGUAGAGUGUUAUGUGAAGAUGUUCCUGAAGUGAGUCAAGUCUUAAGGUUCCACUGUAGAAACAAGCCAUCUCAAGCCAAAACUAUUCAAUCUAAUUUGGGAACUACUUUGAAGAAUACGUCUACACAAAACAUUCCAAUAGUAAGAAACUAUCAAGAGAUCUACUCAGGAGUGGAACACUUCUACUUAAGGAUAUGUUAUCCCUAUCCUGAGCCCAUCACCAGAUACCUUUAUUACCUCACAUCUGAAUAUGAAGCACUGUUAACUUCAGCAAUGAUGAUAGUGGCUGCAGGUUCCAGAUUAAAUGCUGAAAAUUCAUUUGAGUUUUACUGUUGGAAUGAGUUCAACCAAAUGAGGUUUACCUUUGAAGGUGCACGAUGGAAGAGCAGUUACUUGUCAUCAUUACUCGUCUUGGUUGUCAUGUUUGGGCUACUUAAAGAUAUACCUUAA